AUGUCCUUCUACCCCAUACUGCGAGGUCCGGCCAAACAGGAGAGUCCACCUCCUCCUCCGGCUCCUAAAAAGCGGCGAAAGACCGCUCGGGCCUGUCUGCAUUGCCAGAAGGCCCAUCUGACCUGUGACGAGGGCCGCCCGUGCGCUCGCUGCAUCAAGAAAAACAUGGGAGACCAGUGCGUGGACGGCAAGCGGAAACAGGCAAAGUACUUGGUGGGGCUCCCUCCGACGCCUCCAGGACAAGCGACGCAACAGAAACAGCAGCAACAGCAACAGCAACAGCAGGCGGUGCAGCAUGGAAUGGGCCCUCCGGACACGGACUUCGGCUCGUCUGCCGCCAACUUGGAAUACUCCAUCUUGUCCAACAUUCUGGGUCGCGGAGACACGUCUUCACCUCCAGACUUCUUUCCCGCCCAAAGUCCCCAUAUGCCGUCUCCCAUGUCGAUUCCGGGUCUUCACAUGGAGGAAGAAGGCAGCCAAACUGCGGGAACGCCCCAGGGAUCGCCGACAGACAUCUACACCAGUAUAACAAAGCCCUAUGCGUACACAACGGGGUUCCAUGCGCUGAUUGCGUAUCUCAAAAGCCGGUUCGAGAAAAAGGAGCUGCUGGACGUGGUCAAAAGCAUGGCCUUCUACCGGCCGUCGUUCAUAGCCACCACCCAGACCCUGCAGUACGAAGAUCUUGUGUUCAUGGAAAAGUGCUUCCAACGCACGCUGCUGGAGUUUGAAAAGUACAUUUCGUUAAGUGGAACGCCCACGGUGCUCUGGAGACGAACCGGCCAGAUAGCUGCCGUUGGAAAGGAGUUUUGUGUGCUGACGAUGCGAUCGCAGGCAGAUUUGCUGAGUCAGUUCAUCAUCGAGUGCAUGGACAACAAGUCUGUGGUACAGUACUUUGACGUCUUCUCCGAGCUGGCGUUUGAAGACAGCAGAGGCACGAUUACCACCACGUUUGGCCUCACCAAACCCUCAGGCGAGGUGGUCAACACGGCGUGUUCGCUGACCAUCAAACGAGACGUGUUUGACAUUCCCAUGAUGAUUGUCGGCAACUUUCUGCCUAUUCUGUAG